AAAUACCCUCUUUUUGUGCAUAGCCUCUGAUCUUGAUUUUCCCUUCUCAACCCUCACAACCUCAUACCCUUUCCCCUCUUCUCCUUACCCUUCCGAUUUUCUGACACUUCCCCGCCAAUUUUCACCAACCUCUUUUCAAACACUCGUUCCUUCUCCAUCAAUCCAUAAACCCCCCUUUUCCUCUUCUUCGAUCUGCGUUCAACGUUCUAGUAUCUUUUCCAACACUAUGUUCUUCAUGGUUCUAUACCCUUUUGGGAUAUGGUGAACCAAUUCCGGUAAUUUCACUGUGAUUUUUCUUCAUUUGUUGAUAAUUCAAGUGGGUUUUAGUAAAUAUUUAAUUUUUACUGUUAAUUCCAUUCUGGGUAAUGGCUGUGUGAUUUUAUGUUGUUGGAGUAGUGAUUUAUGUCUUCAAUGGCUAACCAAGAUAUGAUGUUUGGUCAAAGUCACGAUUUGGCGCAUGGUCAUGACCAGCCAUUAGUGUUUGAUCGUGAGCAUCAUUUGGGCUUAGGACAAACCCAUGAUCAUGAACUAGGCUUGGAACAUGCCGACGGAUGUGAAUUUGGGUUGGAACAAAACCAUGAUCAAGAACGCGAUGAUGGUCAAGCUUAUGAGGAUGACCUUAAGGUUGCUAUAGAUAAAAAACCUGAGCAUGAUGAACAAGAUGAGAUGUCCUUUCCUGGACAAAACCAUGAUUUGGUCUUUCGGGGUGACAAUGAUCUGGCUGUUUCGGAAGGCCAAGGACUUGAUGAGAACAUUGACAUGGCUGUGGUUCAUCAUCCAGAAAUGAGCAUUGGUUCUUCCAAUGAUAUGGGUGUUCAUCAGUCUCAGUAUAUAGUUUCUUCUGAACCCUAUGUGAUUCAGGCUCGUAAAGUUGAGAUAAGUCCGACUUAUGAAUUGUCAGUGGGCCAAGAAUUUCCCGAUGUCAUGAGUUGUCGAAGGGCAUUGAGGGAUACAGCUAUUGCUCUGCACUUUGAGAUGCAGACUAUUAAAUCUGAUCAAACACGCUUUACUGCUAAAUGUGCUAGUGAAGGAUGCCCCUGGCGCAUUCAUGCAGCAAAGCUUCCCGGGGUUCCAACUUUUACCAUUAGGACAAUUCAUGAGAGUCAUACAUGUGGAGGAAUUUCUCAUCUUGGUCAUCAGCAAGCUUCAGUUCAAUGGGUUGCUAGCUCUGUGGAGCAAAGGCUGAUGGAGAACCCUAAUUGCAAGCCAAAGGAGAUAUUGGAAGAGAUUCAUAGGGUUCAUGGUAUCACCUUAACGUACAAGCAAGCAUGGAGAGGGAAGGAGCGUAUCAUGGCUGCAAUGCGUGGGUCUUUUGAAGAAGGGUAUCGUUUGCUUCCACAAUACUGUGAACAGGUGAAACGCACAAACCCGGGCAGUAUUGCAUCUGUUUAUGGAAACCCAUCUGAUAAUUGCUUUCAACGCCUAUUUAUUUCCUUCCAAGCAUCUAUUUAUGGAUUCUUAAAUGCUUGCCGGCCUCUCUUGGGGCUUGAUAGGACAUAUUUAAAGAGCAAGUAUCUUGGUACCUUACUUCUUGCUACUGGAUUUGAUGGUGACGGGGCUCUUUUUCCUCUUGCAUUUGGUGUUGUUGACGAGGAGAAUGAUGAUAAUUGGACGUGGUUUCUCUCUGAACUUCAUAAGUUGCUUGAGAUUAAUACUGAAAACAUGCCAAGGCUUACUAUUUUGUCCGAUAGACAGCAGGGAAUUGUGGAUGGCGUUGAAGCAAAAUUUCCUUCUGCUUUUCAUGGAUUUUGCAUGCGCCACUUGAGUGACAGCUUCUCUAAGGAAUUUAAUGACACCAUGCUUGUCAAUCUUCUAUGGGAAGCAGCCAAUGCUCUUACUGUAAAUGAAUUUGAAGCUAAAAUUUUCGAAAUUGAAGAGAUAUCACAAGAUGCUGCAUAUUGGAUUCGAAGAGUUCCACCUCGUCUGUGGGCUACUGCUUAUUUUGAGGGCCAAAGGUUUGGUCAUACAACAGCCAACAUUGUGGAAGCUUUAAACAGUUGGAUAUUAGAAGCAUCCGGGCUUCCAAUAAUUCAAAUGAUGGAAUUCAUUAGAAGGAAGCUUAUGACUUGGUUCAAUGAGCGCCGAGAAACCAGUAUGCAGUGGACAUCUAUUCUUGUUCCUUCUGCGGAAAGAUUUGUUGCAGAGGCUCUAGAGCUUGCGCGGACUUAUCAGGUACUUCGUGCCAACGAAGCUGAGUUUGAAAUUAUAUCUCACGCCGGAACUAAUAUAGUUGAUAUAAGGAAUCGCUGCUGUCUUUGUCGUGGUUGGCAGCUUUAUGGCUUGCCCUGUGCACAUGCCAUGGCAGCACUUCUCUCCUGCAGACAGAAUGUGCAUAGAUUCACAGAAAGCUGUUUCACUGUCGCAACGUAUCGCAAGACAUACUCACAAACCGUACAUCCAAUUCCUGACAAAUCUCUCUGGAAGGAGUUCUCUGAGGGAGAUUCCAAUGCUAGCCAAGCUCUUGAAGUUAUAAUCAACCCACCUAAAUCUCUCAGACCACUUGGACAACCAAGAAAAAAGAGAGUUCGUGCAGAAGAUCGUGGGCGUGUUAAGCGAGUGGUGCAUUGUAGUCGCUGCAAUCAAACAGGUCACUUUAGAACCACAUGUGCUGCUCCCAUCUGAUAAAUUGGACCUUCCCCUUUAGUUAUGAUAUGUUCUCUUUUCGCCAAAGGCAUUCUGUCCCCUUAUUCUUUAUAUUUUAGGCUUCAUAGGCUCAUAGAUUACAAUUGCUAGUAAAUGACAAUGUUAUUUACUUGAUGCUAAUGUGAAUAGUUUGUAGCAGAUAUUCUCCAUGUAUAUAGUAAUUGGCCUUGUGUAAUAAAGCAUAUAUAAAUAUAUAUAUUUAGAUUCACUGUUUA